AGUUUACAAAGUUCAAAUUUUUUUAAUAUUGUAAUAUGUAAUAUUAAACAUUUAUAAUGUUUACUAAUAUAAUUAAUAAGUCAAUUUUAAGUCAUUACAAGCAAAAUCAAAAUUUAUGUGCUGGACUACGUAAUUUUGCACCCGAAUAUAGGACAACUUUGGCGCCACACACGUGUAGAAAUUUUUGUGCCUUAUUUUCUUCGCAUGGGAAACCAAUUCGUUUAGUUAAUAAGAAUAAUAAUAGUAAAAAUCAAUAUUAUAAAUACUCAAAUAGUGCUGGUAUGAAGGACUAUAAACAAUUUUGCUUUAACGAUUAUGACGUCAUUGGCUUCGAUUUAGAUGCAACUUUGCUGCGCUACAAUUUAAGUGAGAUGCUUCCGCUCGAGUACGAAUGUCUGAGGCAUUUUCUAGUGGAUGUAAAAAAGUAUCCUAAAAUAUUAUUAAAGUGCAAAUUAAAUUGUGAGUUUCUACAAAAAGGACUAAUUUUAGAUGGCGAAAGGGGAAAUGUCUUAAAACUUGGCCAAGAAACAGAAAUACUUAGAGCUACUCAUGGUACGAAACUGCUAACCGAAGAAGAAAUAAUUAAUAUUUAUGGUGAAAAACGGCAAUGGAGUGUUGCAACAGAAUUUUUUCAAGACAUAGUGACUAACUGGAACGGUCCGCUUACCAAACAAUUCCGUAUGCUGCCUGAUUGCUUUGACACACCAGCGGCAAUGCUAUUUGCUCAAAUUAUUGAUUUCUUAGAUGACGAAGCAAAAACAGAAAACAAAUGCCCGCCAGAUGUAUAUAAUAUAUGGCCGGAUGUCCGAGAAUCUCUUAUGCAUACAUUUGCACGUGAAAACUUUUCCAAUGGACAAAGCCUAUAUUUUAAUGCACUACGUGCCGAACCUGAACGAUAUAUUUUACAUACCAGUGAUAAAGUAUUGCAAUGGUUAAAGACACUAAGAGCAUCAGGGAAGGCAGUAUUUUUGAUUACUGGUUCGAAUAUAGAUUUUGCAAAUUUUACUGCAUCUUAUGCGCUUGGCAAUGAUUGGCAAAAAUUAUUUGAUUCUGUAGUUUGUUACGCCAGGAAGCCUAUUUUUUUUACAUCUGAACGACCCUAUCUAAAAGUUAAAGACUUGGAUGAGGUGGCUGGUAGUGAAAUCAGUACAGAUGCAGAAAUAUCUUUAAAUACAGUCUACUCCCAAGGCAACUGGUUGCAGCUCAAAGCAGCCUUAGCUAAAAAGCUUUGCAAAAGUCCGGAUGAAGUACGGUGCCUUUAUAUGGGCGACAAUUUCGCACAAGAUGUAUAUGCUCCAACAGCAAUAAAAAGUUGUAACAUAGAUACCAUUGGUUUAUCUGAAGAACUCUUAGUCGAAGAUAACUAUACUAGUUGGAAUUACGAAUAUAGCAAUGUUUUACAAUCUGCAUUUUGGGGUUCAUAUUUUUGUACGGAUAAACCAACAUAUUGGUCGAGUAUAAUCAAGAAAUAUGCAAAAUUAUGUGUACCUUUAAUCGAUACUAUCGCUGAUUCUGAUUUAAAUAGAGUAUUCUGUUCUUAUAAUACUGACGGGUAUUUUCCUGAACCACCAUUAACACUUGAAAAACAAGUAAAAUGAACUAAGUACAUAUAACGAAGUGGUGAUAUAACAAAAAGUAUCAAUUAAAAGUUAUAAAAACACUUUAUUGUUUAUGUAUGUAUAAGUAAAUUAGCUCAAGUACAAAGUAAAAUUGUAAAAUCUCAUUUAUCAACGUUAUGCAAUAUUUUAACCGCACAAGUUAUAUUU